ACGGGAACGAAACGACGGCCACGGCCAGAGCCCAGAGGCCGAACUGCCGAGCAUGUACCAUCAGUUACUACAAACAAAUACUAGGCCAAAGCCAAACCAUCUUCCCAGUUCCUUUUCGUGUCAUGUCUUAGUUAUUACUUGCUCUCCUUCUUUUCUCAGAGGAGACGAGAAAGAGAAGAGGACUGAGGUUUCUCUCUAGGGUUCCUGUUUUUCUCCAUCUAUUGAUCUUUGACCCCUCUCUCUCUCUCUAUCCAGACUCGCCUUCCAAUCGAGAGAUCCAAUUACGUAAACAUUCUAAGUUGCAUCUGAUUUUCUAUUCUUCAGUCAAUUCUCUCGUCAGUCAAGAGUAUUUUCUCUUGGGAGAAUUCCUACCCUGAAUUGAGGUUGGUUUGUGGAUCUGUUCCCUUUAUCUUGUAUUAAGCCAAACUAUGUGAAUAUGUAGUCCUGAACUCAAUCUUAUCCUGAGAAGGAUGGUGGCUUUUUCUUGUGGUCUUUAGAGAGUGGUUGUAAUGGAAUGUGGCUGCAGAAAUUGGAAUGUACCACACCAUUUCUAGAUUUUACAACAAGAACCAAAGAGGAGGCUAGCCAUGAUAAAUUAGCUGCUCAAUCUAUUCAUAGAGAGUUAUGUGAGGCAGAUGAGGCAAACUUGCUUGAAGAAGAAGAUAUGCAUGUAUUUGAUUGCAAGCCGAUGGCAGAUCCCUUGCACUUGGUUUGUUGCAAUGCUUGUAAGAAACCAGUCAAGGCCAGUCAAUAUGCAGCUCAUGCAGAACUCUGUAGAUCAUUCAGUUCUACAGAAGAAAAUGGUUUGGAGCUUGAUGGUGAUACUGGGCAUAAAAAACCUCCACGGAAGGGGAGGAAAAAGUUACAAACAUCUCAGGAUAACCAAGCUACAACAGUAGGGGAGCAAGAAAGGUCUGAGUCUGUAGAUGCCGAUGAAAAUGCUGCAUCUGAAUCCAAUAUGGAUGACCAAACUGGAAUAACCUACUCCUCCAAGGAGGCAAAAAGAACUUCUAUGGAUGGGGGCCCUGUAAUGGAUGGCUCAGGGGUUAGUCCCAGAAGUGCAAACUGCUCAGCAGGUGUAAUGUCUCCUUCAAAAAAACAUACUAAGUUGAUGGCAGCUGAGGGCCUUCUACUUUCAGAUGAUAUAGGAAAAGCAUGUGGUGUAACUGGAAAUAUGGGGAUAAACUACCAUAAAGCACUAACCUAUGCUCCAGUUCCACUUGCAACCAAAACUUACCAUUCACAAAGAAAUAAUCGUCUACGGUCAGCACUCGGCCACUUUUACUAUGAGGCAUCAAGAAAUUGGAAUGAUCCUUUGAGCCCAAAACUAGUACAGGGAAAUGGUAUGCUACCGCUACAGGAUUCUUCACCAAAUCACUUACUACAUGAGCAAACAGAUGGCAUGCUCCAAAAGAAAGAUUUGCAUGCAGUGUCUGCUGUGCGGAAACCUGAUCAAAUUCUGGCACAAAGUUCAGAACUAUGUUUGGGGGCCUCAGGAGGAUAUCCAUCAGUCAUGAAUUUUUCAAACCAAUUCCGUGACAAUAACUUUGCCAGAUCUGCACUCCCUGUUGAUACUAAUCAAAUGGGGAUGGUGAGAAGCAACUAUGUUUCGACACCUUAUUUUUCAGGGAAUUCUGGUAGACCUCUGGGGACUAUGCAGAAGCCUAAAGGAAGUGUUUCUGUCAUAUAAGUUGGAAUUUUUGGAAAUUGCCAUUUUCUUUGUAAGGGUGAAAGGUGAUUUAACAUUCCCAGUUUGUUAGGGGCUUGCUUUUGUCAUUUUGGCAUUUCAUCUUUUCUAACCUUUUAAGCCAUAUUCUUGUCACAUUGAAAUUGUGAAACAGGAUUUUUCUAGCUGGACUACUCAUUUAUUUGAUGAAAAUAAGUCGAGCUUCUUUAGUAAUGGUAAGCCUUGGAGUAUUUCGAUUCAUCCUUGGAACAAAUGGCGGGAAAACCAUAUGCAUUGAUGUAGGAAUUAUGGUAAAGUUCAGAAAGAAGAAAACUAUUUGUCCUCAAUUAGGUUGGAGCUUCAGUAAAGCCAAGUAGUUCCUAAAAAUUUGAUGAUUCGCCAUCUCUUCUAAGUUCUACCUGCUCCUUUUUCUUUGAUUA